AUGGCUGAGACUGCUGGGUUGAUCAUCGGGGUAGCCUCCUUUGCGCUUCAGGUUCGCGACGGCAUCAAACGACUGCAAGAUGCUCGUCAGUACAUCAAGAGUGAGGCUGGAGAUGAACUUGAGUCUCUUAUUCGGCGUCUUGAGAUCCUGCGACAUAUGCUACUAUUCCUUGAGUCUAUCCAGGCGUCUACAAUGGUCAAUCUUGCCGUUGAUAGUUGUCAACGAGAGUACAGUAGCGUCGAUAUUGCCCUCCAGCGAGUGAGUGAAAGGUUAUCCAGUUCGAGUGACAGAAGACUACUGGUUGUUCGACAUAGCGACCGCAUCAAGGACGAGCUUAGAGGUAUUGAGCAAAAUCUUGACUAUGUUAUGCAGUCUUUGAAUUGUGCGAUAGGGCUUGAGACUCGCCUGCUGGUUCAAGAUAUACCCCAUCUCGUCUCCUCUGCCAUGAUCGCAAGCGAGCAGAGACGUAGUUCUAUGUCUGGAACUCAGCUUAACAUUACUGAGCCCCCUUCGCCGCGUACAGCCUGUGUAUAUCUCGAACCGUCGCGACGGCCGCGGAAGACAGACUGUACUGUUAGGCACUGCCACUGCUCAUGCCAUUCAUUACGGCGCAGCACAACCCGUUUCGGGGUCUUCGAGUAUACCGCACCGACUACAUCUAGCAAGUGCAGCAAUCCAAAGUGCACAGCAACCCGUUACCGCUGGAGCCUACAAUUCGCCCUCUCCAGAUACGGCAUUCCGUUCAUGGUAAAAGCUGGCGUUGAAUUCAUUGCAGGAGCCGGAAUGUAUUCACUCAGACCAGCGCUCAGCACCGAAAGAGUGGUAAAAUACACCUCGCCCGGCUUCGAGGCACUUGCGCGCUUCCAAGGACUGUUUUUGUCUGUCUCUGAGGUUCAGGGGAAAUUUCGGGAGCUCAAAAGAUGUGAUCCAUCGUUGAAUCAGCAUAUACAUCCAGGUGGACACAACUAUGUUCAGGAGCUCCUUCGCUACACCCCGUCUGGACGUGGAAGUGCAGAUGACCGUAUUGAACUCCUGAAAUUCUUUGCCUGCGAACUCGGCAUGACCCUUGAAGAUCUAGACCAACGAUUUCUGGUCCGAUGCGCCAAGUGGAUUGGCGAAGGCCCACAUCUCGAUUUGCUCGAAGCGAUUCUUGAAUAUGGCUUUGACCCGGGCCUUGUCGAGUCGCCUGUUUGCGAGGAAUGGCCUUUGCCCUGUUCACCGAACUGGACUUCCCAGGAAUUCACUCCAGACCCUUUUUUCAUCGAGUAUCUUGCUUUACUUGCAAAGGCCAGCCCAGGAUUUGGUGGCUUGACGCCUCUACACGAAGCUGUUCUCCUGAAACCACCAAGCGAGGUGGCUUCAUUUCUCCUACGCUCGUCAAUUUGUAUGGACAGGAACUCCCUAGGUCAGACACCCCUACAUCUCGCUGUUCGCGAUGUGGAAUCAGUCCGCCUACUGGUUCAGGGUGGUCAUGACAUGGACGUCCUAGACAACCACGGUAUCACACCUGUGGAUUCGGGAACGAGGCACACCUGA